CCCUAAAAAAUCAAAACACCAAGCGAAAUAGUGUAGAGUGCACGUAAACCUUUAACGCUGUUUUAAGGGUGAUAAUUUCCGUGAAUUCAAUAGGAAAAAUGAGUUGCUUAAGGAGAAUAAUUUACUUGUGGAUUCUUCAAGUGUUGUACUUAUCGCAAAACGUGUGCGGUGCUCGUCAUAAAUAUGUUACUUGCGGGUCCGUAUUGAAAUUGUUAAACUCGGAUUAUCGGGUGCGUUUACAUUCGCACGAUGUUAAAUAUGGUACGGGUAGCGGUCAACAAUCCGUGACCGGCACUGAGCUACAGGAAGAUGUCAACAGUCACUGGCUGAUCAAGCCCGAAAUGGGUAAGGAGUGCGGGCGAGGUGAGCUUAUCAAGUGCGGGAGUGUAAUACGGCUGGAACACUCGGCGACGGGCAAGAAUUUGCAUUCCCAUUACUUUUCCAGUCCCUUAUCUUCAAAUCAGGAGAUUAGUUGCUAUGGAGAGGACGGUGUGGGUGAUACCGGCGACCAUUGGGUUGUCGUAUGUUCAGGCGACUAUUGGACACGUGACGAGAGCAUUAUGUUGAAACAUGUUGAUACCAGUCACUAUUUGGCAACCUCCGGACGUACAUUUGGACGUCCUAUUAACGGUCAAAUGGAAAUAAUCGGUGUACAUAGCUCAAGUGGGGCUGUGCAUUGGCAGGCCGCCGAGGGUGUAUUUUUGCAUGCUCCUGAUAUUACAGCUAAACAUAUGCAUACGAUGCAUACUGAACUCUAAUUGAAUUAGAAUUAAUUAGAACUUGUUAUUUAUUGUGAUUAAUGUAAAUUGUGAUAUAAUAAGUAUGUAUAAAAUAGAUUGAAUUUUUAGGUUUG